AUGGAUUCAUAUAAGAAGAUUUUGAUCAUUGGCGCGGGAGGUGCUUUGGGUAUCCCAAUAUUGAACGAAUUCCUGGAUUCAGCUUAUGAAGUGAGCGUUCUUAGUCGCAAAGAGUCUACUGCAACAUUUCCGGACGGUGUGAAGAUUUUCAAGGCAGACUACAAAGAAUUUGCGGAAGUCAAGGCUGCCAUGGAAGGGCAAGAUGCUGUGAUCAGCAAUGUGGGCGGUCAUGCAGCUGGAGAUCAACAGAUCUUUGUAGACGCCGCCCUCGCGACUGGUGUCAAGAGGUUUUUCCCAAGCGAAUAUGGUCCCUAUACCAGGGAUCCCAGGAUGCUUGAGCUCCAGCCUUAUAGCACCCCGUAUAAGAAAGCUCUCGUUGACUACCUUCGAACAAAAGAGAAUCAAAUAUCAUGGACGGCCCUGAUUACAGGCGGAUUCUUCGAAUGGGGUAUGGGAAACGGCUUUUUCGGCUUCGACCUUCCGAACAAGACUGCAAUUUUGACCGAUGACGGAGUUAGCGCCUGGGCCUCCACUACGAUGGGAACGAUCGCCGGAGCCAUUAAGGCCUCUCUUGAUCACGCUGACGAGACUAGGAAUCAGUACGUCUUUGUUUCGUCCUUCCACCACACUCAGCGCGAGAUACUUGACAUCAUCGAGAAGGUUGAUGGAAAGAACUGGAAUGUUGUGCAUGUUAGAUCCGAAGACCUCCUUGCCAACGGCAAGAGAAGAGUCCAAUCGGGUGAUUUUGCUGGCAUCAUGGAUUUGACUAGAGGUGUCGCCACGGGCAAGCUCGGACUAGUCGAUCUGAGGCCUCAUGGGCUUUGGAACGAGAAGUUAGGGUUGCCUGAGGAAGACUUAGAGGCGGCUCUCAAAAGGAUUGUGGAGAAAACCUUUUAA